AUGGCGGCCAUAGGGCCAGGGAAUAGACUACCUCCUGAUUGGAAUUAUGCUGUGACUAGAGAUGGGAGAGUAUUUUUUAUUAAUGAAAUACAGCGUGAAACAACAUGGCUUCACCCUUUGACAGGUCAGGCUGUCCAAACAGGCUAUGAACGUCAUUUGUAUAUUUUAGGAUUACCAAUGGGAUGGGAACAUGGAUUAACCCAAGAUGGAGAUUUAUAUUUUAUCAAUCAUAAUGAUAAUGUAACAACAUUUGAACAUCCAGUGACAGGCAAUGUGUCCAAUAAGAAAUUAACUUUCAGAGACUAUGGAUAUCAGUUAAACAUAUUCUAUGAUAUUUCAUUUAUUUUCAGUCCAGCACCAACAAGUCCAGAAGAAAAACAUAUAAAACGCAAUGUGAAACAAAGAAAUAUUAAAGUGCCAGUACCUGCUGCCAAACGUAAUCCAAAUGCUAUAGUAAUUAAACGAGGCUGGCUUCACAGAUAUGAAAGUUCUGGAAUUGGUAAGAAAACCUGGAGAAAAAGAUGGUGUGUUUUAGCAGAAUAUGCUUUAUUCUUUUAUAAAGAUGAAAGUGAACAACAGACUCUAGCAUCUAUAUUAUUACCAAGUUACAGAAUAAACAACUGUGAUUCUUCAGACGUCAUCAAUAAAGCUUUUGCUUUCAAGAUUGAACAUGAAAACACAAAGACAUGCUACUUAGCAGCAGAUUCUAUAGAUGAUUUGAAUUCCUGGUUACGUAGUGUUCAGGAAGCUGCUACUCUUAAAGAUUCACCGCAGUAA